AUGGCCGAAAAGGACGACACCAACCCGACAACCGACCUCGCGACCCUCGAGGCACAUCCAACGCUCGAAAGCCAUCCCGAGAAACACAAGGACCACUCAGAAUUCCUACGAGACGCCAUCAUCGGCUUCGCAGACGGCCUCACCGUGCCCUUCGCCCUGACCGCUGGUCUCACAGCCGCCGGAUCCUCCCACAUCGUAAUUAUUGGCGGCACAGCCGAGCUCUUCGCCGGCGCCAUCAGCAUGGGUCUGGGCGCCUGGCUCGCCGCCAAAACCGAAGCCAAGCACUACGAAGUCGAGGAGGCGCGUGAGCGGCAAGAAGUCAUCGACGUGCCCGAGGCCGAAGAGGAGGAGAUCUAUGCCAUCUUCAGCAAGUACGGUCUCGACAGGGGGCACGUAUCGGGGAUGGUCGACGCACUGAAGAAGGACGAGGACAUGUGGGUCAAGUUCAUGAUGGACUUUGAACUCCAGCUUGUCAAGCCGGCAUUGUCGCGCGCGUGGAUCUCUGCGCUGGUCAUGGGCUUGACGUACCUGCUCGGCGGAAUCAUACCCAUGAUACCAUAUUUUGCGUUCCAGGUGCCAUAG